AGAUGUGGCUGUUAUCUGCACUAUGUCUGUAGAUGCUAUAAAGUUCAGAUCCGAUAACUGAUGUCCCGUGUACUUCUCACAUCAAGACGGCGUUACGAGGGCUAUAGAAUCAGCAUGGCACUAAAUGCUAAACACCUCAUCUGCGUGAUUGUAUUAAUAACUACAAACGAGAGCCGGAAUCUCACUGAUAACACUGUUGCAGGAAUCACGCCAUGUCUGCGGGCAAAUUACUACAUAGGAAGUGAGACUAAGCGGAUUGAUGUGCAGGAAGUGACGUCAUUGAAAAGCACGUUCUGUGUCCUAGAAUUGAACUCUGACCCUGGUACGCAGAUUUCUUUGAGUAUUCGUUACGUGCCACAUGAUACCAAGACGACAAACCGUUACCAUGACUACGUUCACAUUGGCAACGACGGGAAAAGAAUCAACGAGGCGUCAAUGACGUCAUAUCGGUUUGCUAAUGGAUCUUUCCAGGAAGAAAUUGUGUCUCGUCAGAAUUAUCUGUGGAUUGUUUUCAAAAUGUCAUCUCUACCAGAAGUCUUCCAUAUCAAUGUUUUCUCGAGUGUCAGAGUUCCUUGUAACAGCAGUAUGUUCGAGUGCUCUCCCUUGCAGUGUGUCAACAGACACGCCAUCUGUGACGGCAAACGUGAUUGUGACAACGCUAGAGACGAGUUUUGCCACAAAAUACCCCCUCGAGACUCGCCAUGCUUCCUGUGUUCAGAUGGGGUGUGCAUCAGACCACAAAUCCCCCGGUACAGUCUGGACUACGGCAAGACCCUGUGGUAUCUCUGCGACGGCGUCCGACACUGCCCCGACGGCACCGACGAGAGGAAGGAUAUCUGCUACCGUAUAAGAGGAAAGAAAUUGGGUACAAUAUCAUGUAUACCCAAUGACAUCACAUAUCACCAUAGCAACCCCGUGAUGAUGUGGAACAACGUUGUGUGUAAUGGCGAGCGGGACUGCUACCAUGGUGAAGACGAGUCGGAGGACUUGUGUCCAACAAAUGUUGACGAUGACGUUUUCCAAAUCAACCCAGGCGCCGUCGUCUUUGCUACAGUCUUCCUAGUUGCCGUAGUGGCUGUGGCAGUCGCUAUUUUCAUGUACGGACGACGGAACGGAAGACGUGGUGACGUUGGCCCUUCACAAGGAUAUCCAACGUCGAGCACAGAUUUCAGCCAAUCAGAACCCGAGCUGCGGGUCCCCCUCCAAAGUGAAAUCGAGACUAUGGUGUUUGAUACUGUGGCCUUACGACAGACUACCUUGUGAUGGUAAAGCAGAACUCGACGGACUGUAUUCAAGUGUUACCGUCACUUCACUUGCGCGGGAAUGUAUAAACAUGUGUUAUAUAUAUAAUAUAUAAGGGAUGGUACCGUUCCAUUGGUCGCUACAUACCACGUUCUUCUCGGGUGGAAAGGAUGAGAAACUGGUUAUUCUUAUUGUGACAGUGUGUCCCACCAUAUUACCUGGCCUUGAAAUCUUUUCUUUAUAACCCGAGACAAUUAGCUGUUUUAGAACAGUUCUAAUGCAAGGCCGUAUUGGAGUGAGUUAGGCUUUACGCAUGCGCAGAUUCAAGCAAUAUCACGGCGGGCCACACCAGAAUCCAUGUGGGAAUCGAACUUGCGUCUUCGAUGUGACCAUCGAAAGCUAACCACUGCGCCAUCCAGUCGCCCUAUUCGGUAUAAGUAAGGAAAAGGGGAAUAUCCUGACCGCAGCACAUUGUGUAACACACAAACACCGUUGUGUCGAAGUUGAAGUGACCUAGGUAAAUAUUUCGAGUUAUGGGAGGUUCGACACAACCACAAAAUGAUCCCUCGAUGAAGUAUAAUGAGGAAGACAACCGUAGGUUACCUGACAGGUAACAAGCUGCCAAGACAGCCUUGAACACUGCUUCAGAACUCCAGCUAUUACACGUUUACCAUGUUACAAAAUAAAACAUAUUCACUAAA